AUGUCUUCUAUUGUAUAUUCAAUGCCAUGUUCAAUUGAUAUUCCAUCAACAAUUACAAGUGAUAUUAAACGACAUUUUACAAAUUCAAUUCAAGUGAAUAAAGAUAAUAAUAAUAAAUUAGUAGCAUCAUUUCGUGGUCGACCAUUAGAUGGUGAACAACUUGAUAUACCUAAUGAUUAUAUUGGUAUUCUAACAAAUUCAUCAAAAUAUGUUUCAUCAUUUGAUAAAUUCAUUUACUUUAAUUUGGAUUGUUCAACAUCAAAAAAUGAUUGUAUAGCUCGUAGUAUAGAAUGGCUUUCAUUAGCAAAAAUACUUCAUGAAUAA